AUGCAUUCCUCGUCCUCUCCCCACGGCAGGGGCUCGUUGCGCCGCUUCUUUUCGCGUCGACAUCGUCGAGCCCUGACUCAGGUACCCCAUGGUGUAUCUAGUCAUGUAGAUCCGGCGUAUGGAGCCUCCGCACAGCAAUCGCUGACUGCACGAACACGGCUUCUGGACUCUUGGAGUCUUCCUGAGCUCUUUGCGUUGCGAGAACUUGUGCAACUUGCUGUGAACAAUAAUAAUGCUGAAACGGUCGGAGGACAUCAUUCUUUAAUUUCGCAACGUACUAAUUACAGCGAUGAAGUGACGCGAUCCGAUGCAUGCAGCUCCGCUAGCUCCAGCGCGACUACUACGUCUGUGACGCCACCCUCCAUCACUAGUUUUGAGGAUCUUAAGCGCCAGCAGCAACUUCAGACACAAGUUAACUCAAUUUUGAUACGCAACAAGCAGUUUCACUACAGUCGGUCAGUUGAUACUAGACUGCGGCUUGAUUCGAGACGACAGUUUGUGCGGCUCUUUCCAUUGCUACGGCGCACAUCCAGAGGAGCGCAACGUGCAUUGUUCCGUGCUUUUGAUGCUAAUGAUACGGGAAAAGUUGAGUUUGAAGAGCUUUGCGAAAUGCUAGCCAAGAUCAGACAGGCUCGGAAUUUGUCGGUGCAAAAGAUGGCAGAGCUGGCUUUCAGUUGGUACCAAGCAGAUAAGACUGAGGCUUUUCUGACUCACUUAGAUGUCAAAUUGCUGGCGGUAACAGCUUUAGAGCUGGAGGGUGGCAGCAAAGUUCAGGAAGAGCCGGGGCUUGAUUUAGUGGCAUCGUUAAUGAAACUUGUACUGGGGAACGAUCAGAUAAGAGUGACUAUAGAAAAGUUUUGCCAGGAUAUGGACUGUAAACUGGGUGCUCACGUAUUGCAUGUGCUGUUUAAACCGUUUGGUGUAGUAAAUGCACUGCUAGACGAGGAGACGAUUGUAGAAGAAGUGGAAAAUACAAGAUGGAAAGCUGGAGAUACGGCGUACGUCGUGUCAAGUAGCUGGUGGUGUAAGUGGCGGAAGUAUGUGCACCCUGAUCACUGUGAACAUGUCUCGACGAUGAGUCAGCCAUUUCGAAGCAACAGUGACCUACGUGGACAGGAAACAGGGGAACAACAGGUUCACGAGCAAAUCAAGACAGCACGAAAGCAGUCAUUGCAUAUUUCCGAACGCCGAACUCGUCCUGGACCCAUCGAUAAUCACGACAUAUGUGCAAGCGAACGACUAGGAACACUUCGGCCUUGGCUUGAAGAAAGUAAAGAUUUUGUUCUUGUGUCUUCUAUUGUGUGGAAGCGACUUGUGCAAAUUUACGGCGGUGGCCCCGAGUUCCCACGACAUAUCAUAGAGGUCUUUUCAUCUGAUGAAGAAAAAAUGCUCUCAUGGAAAGAAGACGAAAGUGACAGGAAUGCUGGUAAAGUAGCAGUCGUUUCGACAAGAGGAGGUCAACUUCGACAAUAUAUUCGUGUAGAACUGUAUCCUGUUGCAUUGCAAACUCGUUUGGCUCGGCAUGACUCACGGCACGUUUACCUUGUGUACUCACGCCGAUUUUUGUUGCCCCGUUCCUCAACUUUAAAAGAGAUUGUGCAUCGUAUGGGCAUCUUUCCUGGUAUAAACGCAAAAGAGGUCACGCUUUGGUUACGUCGUCGUCGACUUCAAUCGUGGACGCGUCUUGAAUGCGAUCUCGACGCCUCAUCUGCUAGUCUCGAAGGGCUGCAAAUAACUAGUGCGCACGAAUUUCUUGUGGAUUUUCGAGCUAUAGAUAUUGUUGAGGAUCCACAGAGCGUUGCACAACAGCGUCGACGAAUCAGCCUUGCCAGUAUCUUUCCGAGAAGGCCGUUUACUGUGGCAAUGUUGCAACCUGUAGGCAACGAUUUUGUCUGCUGUCCACGAUCCAGUCUCAUUACGUUUGCGAGAACAGGAGAUUGGAAGUCUUUGCGCGAGAGUACAGCUGCUGAACAGGAGGCAGCUACCAGUCUAUCGGCGAUUUCUGCACAUGCUGGCUCUAAGAGAGUCCUAAUUAAUCUUGCCAAACACAUGGACGCAUCUCGAUAUCUUCGGCAACGACUAGUUCAGCAUAACGGUCUGCGAGCAACUGGGCUUGUUAACUUGGGCAACACCUGCUUCAUGAAUAGUGCGCUUCAGUGCUUUGUCCACUCUCCAGUGCUUCGGGAGUACUUUUUGUCCCGUCGAUUCGAAGCCGAAAUUAACAAGAAGAAUAUUCUUGGUAGUCGCGGUGCUGUGACUGCAGCAUACGCUCAACUUCAGGAUUCUCUUUGGCGGGAGCAAAAUCAAGGCUACUUAGUCCCCAGUCGAUUUCGAGACGAGUUUACGCGUGCCCGUCACCACUUUGAAGAAACACGUCAAUAUGACGCUCACGAAUUUAUGGUCGCUCUGCUUGAUUGUCUGCAUGAGGACCUUAAUCAAGGCUGUCGAGCAGUGACAGCUAGUGUUGAGGAUAAUAUACAAGAGAAAAGCUCGAGAUGCUUAGGCUUUGGUCAUUUUACUGGUGGAGACGAAGUGAAAAACAACGAAAAUCAGCAACAUUUCGCCGAAGCGAAGCGGUCUAUACUCGACGAAAAUCAAGGUGAUGCAGCGUGGCGGGAGUACACAAGGGUAAACUCUUCUGUGGUAGUGGAUCUUUUUCAUGGACAGAUGAGAAGUGAGACUGUGUGCGGUAGCUGUGGUGAGCGCAAGUGUACAUUUGAUCCAAAUCUCUUUUUUAGCUUGCCUAUUCCAGAAUCAACUUUUGUGCGAGUUGAAGUGAGUGUGUUGUUGCAAGCACGAACACUACCAGGUGGUGAUAGUGAUAAACAUGAUAGAGACAAGUCUUUACAACCCGUUCAGCGAGGAUUUUGGCUUCGUCGAGGUAGUAAGGUGGAAGUCUUGUGUGAUCGCAUUGCAGCUGCGCAUGGUCAUGAUAGAUUCUUGCUUGUGGAGUUACGUCGAAAUCGAAUCAAACGAAUAAUUGAAGGAGAUGAAGUCGUUGACCAGCUAGCAAUGCUUGUACCUGGUUCGCUUGCUGCAUACGAGCGUGCUUGGACGCUUGCAGAAAUUCCUAUUAUUCCAGAUGCAGUCAUCAAAUAUUUUAGCAACAUUUUUGGUGUACUUGAUGAUUCAAAUUUAAAUGCUGGUAGGACUCCAAGCUUCUCCGAUCUUCGAGUGGGAUCACGUGUUGGUGCAAGGGACAACCACAAUGCUUGGCAUUUGGGAUCGGUCAUUGAAGUCAGUGGAAGCAACAAAGAUGGCGCAGCUCACAAGGAAGGCUUGCGUGUAUGCGUUCACUUCGAUGCUCUCAGUAGAAAAUGGAACAAGUGGUUUACGGCGCACGAUUGGAAAACUAAACGACUACAGCUGCUGUCAAAUUUGUCGACAAAAUCGCCUGAGGUUUUUGAGGUACAAGUUGUCCAUCGCCUUGCUUUUGUAUCAUCAUCAGCUUUGUCGUCAGAAGCUGGGCAAACCAGUAGUGGGGAUCAAUCAUUUAAUAAUUAUCCAACGAGCUCGCAGAAACUUAACUCGCAACAUGCACUUGAACGAUGGUCGUUAGAUGUGUUUGGGAUGCCACUGUUUGUCACGAUUGCAUCUAAUAAAACUGCCAACGAUAUGCACCACGCACUUUUGCUGCAGACCGCUCGCUUCUGGCGAAAGUAUAAUAGUAAUCAUGAUUUUGCUGGCAGCAAGCAUGACAAAGCCAGCGAGCUUACGAAAUUACCGUAUGAAGUCCGCGUCGUGAAUUUGGAUGAUCUUACAAGCGAGCGUGGCGAGCCCUUACCCAUGGAUUCAAGCGAGCUGCUCCAACACUUUUCUCCUCGGAGUGUUUUGGCGCUGGAUUGGGCCGAUUGCCGCGAUUACUUGAAAAGCGAGAUUCGAGGCCCCGAAGACGUACCAUCUGAAGUAGCAGAGGCUGCUGAAACAGACUUCGACUUGCGUUCUGAUCUAGAGGCCGCUGUGCGAUCAGAAGAAUUAAAAGAAGAGUCAAAAGACACAACUUUACAGGACGAUGACGAUAGUCCACCCGUCUACGCUGUCCCCUUGACCAAGUGUAUGGACGCUUUAAUGCGUGAAGAGGCUAUUUCGCUAGAGGAUCAUUGGAUUUGCGAGCGCUGCGGAGUUCCUCGCGAAGGUACUCGAUCAUGUGCAAUAUGGCGGCUUCCAGACUUGGUCAUAGUGCAGCUUAAGCGCUUUCAGUAUCUUGAAAAUCAGUACGAUCAAAAGGUUCGCGCACUUGUCGAUUUUCCACUUCAGGGUCUGGACUUUUCAAAGUGGAUGGGGCAUCAAAAUGAAGGGUCAUCAGUGUACGACCUCUAUGCGGUGGCUAAUCAUGUUGGUGGACUCACGCGAGGGCAUUACACUGCGUAUUGCCGAUACGAUAGGGAUUUCCCUGAGAGCUCAGCGCUUUUUCAAGUGAACGAAGACAGCAGUGAUGUUCAGUGUUCUGAGCUCUGGUUUCGCUUUGACGAUGAAAAAGUGUCUGAGAUCGCCUCGGGUGAUGUUGUCACGGAUGCUGCCUACGUUUUAUUUUAUAAGCGGCGGAGAUUAUCCCCCCACAAUGUUGUUCGAUAUGCGCUGUAA